AUGACCCUUCCUACCGCUCAAACAUCAGACGAUUGGUGUGACCUGAAGGACAACUACAGCAUGCUCUUGCAGGGAAUUGUUGACCAUGAGAUGAGGUUUCUUGACAUUAUAACUGGUUGGCCUGGGGGCAUGACGGUGUCUAGACUUUUUUAUAGUGUUCAGGAUUUUUCAAGCUCUGUGAAGGUGGACAGCGUUUGA